GGCGCUGCCAGUCUCGGGCGGCGGCGUCCGGCGCGCGGACGGCCUGCUGGGUGGGCUGGGGGCCGAGCAGCGCGAGGGUGAGGCGGAGAGAGAAGGGGUCAAGGAGCAGCCACGGCGACAGGUCCCGGCUCCGGCUCCCGUCGGUCUCCCCCGACUCGCCCGAGGCCCGGCGCCUGUGACCGCGACCGCCCGGAGCAGGCUGCGGGACCCGCGGAGAGCCGGGCGGCGCGUGAGCGGCCGCCGCCGCGGGCGGGAGAGAAACUUCGCCUUCCGGGGCCCGGGCCGGCGGGCGAAGUCGAGCCGGGGUGAGCCGUGCGCCGGGACGCCGCGGGCGCGAUGGAGCCGCGCACACCUGGCGGGGCCCGUGGCGGAAAAAUUGCCAGACCUAGUCCAAGGAACGCCCAGAUUCACCAGUUGUUGGUGUACACGUUUGUUCAAACUUACUGAGCUGACUACUUAAGAUCUGGGCAUUUUACGGUUUUCUACUAACAAAAGACCAUGACUACUGAUGAAGGUGCCAAGAACAAUGGAGAAAACCCAGCGGCAGCUGUGGCUGAACGCGGAGAGGAUAUUACCUCUAAAAAAGAUAGAGGAGUAUUAAAGAUUGUCAAAAGAGUGGGAAAUAGUGAGGAAAUGCCAAUGAUUGGAGACAAAGUUUAUGUCCAUUACAAAGGAAAAUUGUCAAAUGGAAAGAAAUUUGAUUCCAGUCAUGAUAGAAAUGAACCGUUUGUCUUUAGUCUUGGCAAAGGCCAAGUUAUCAAAGCAUGGGACAUUGGGGUGGCUACCAUGAAGAAAGGAGAGAUCUGCCAUUUACUGUGCAAACCAGAAUACGCAUAUGGCUCUGCUGGCAGUCUCCCCAAAAUUCCCUCGAAUGCAACUCUCUUUUUUGAGAUUGAGCUCCUCGAUUUCAAAGGAGAGGAUUUAUUUGAAGAUGGAGGCAUUAUCCGAAGAAUCAAACAGAAAGGAGAAGGAUAUUCAAACCCAAACGAAGGAGCAACAGUAGAAAUCCACCUGGAAGGCCGCUAUAAUGGAAGGAUGUUUGAUUGUAGAGAUGUGGUAUUCAUCGUUGGGGAAGGAGAAGACCAUGACAUUCCAAUUGGAAUUGACAAAGCCCUGGAGAAAAUGCAGCGGGAAGAACAGUGUAUUUUAUAUCUUGGACCACGAUAUGGUUUUGGAGAGGCAGGGAAGCCUAAGUUUGGCAUUGAGCCUAAUGCUGAGCUGAUAUAUGAAGUUACACUGAAGAGCUUUGAAAAGGCCAAAGAAUCCUGGGAGAUGGACACCAAAGAAAAACUGGAGCAGGCUGCCAUUGUCAAAGAGAAGGGAACUGUGUACUUCAAGGGAGGCAAGUACAUGCAGGCAGUGAUUCAAUAUGGGAAGAUCGUAUCCUGGUUAGAGAUGGAAUAUGGCUUAUCAGAGAAGGAAUCUAAAGCUUCUGAAUCAUUUCUGCUGGCUGCCUUCCUGAACCUGGCCAUGUGCUACCUGAAGCUUAGAGAAUACACCAAAGCUGUUGAAUGCUGUGAUAAGGCCCUUGGACUAGACAGUGCCAACGAGAAGGGCUUGUACAGAAGGGGGGAAGCCCAGCUGCUCAUGAACGAGUUUGAGUCGGCCAAGGGCGACUUUGAGAAAGUGUUGGAAGUUAAUCCCCAGAAUAAGGCAGCGCGACUACAGAUUUCCAUGUGCCAGAAAAAGGCAAAGGAGCACAAUGAGCGGGACCGCAGGAUAUAUGCCAACAUGUUCAAGAAGUUUGCAGAGCAGGAUGCAAAGGAAGAGGCCAGUAAGGCAGUGGGCAAGAAGACUAUAGAAGGGGUCGUCAGCCGUGAAAAAGAACCAGAGGGGCAAGCGAUGGAAGAGAAAGCCGGAGGCCACGUAUGACACCACGCCAAGGAGGGAAGAGCCCUGAUGAACUCGGCCCCCUCCUCCAUGGGCUUUCACCCUACUCAGGACUAAACAGUGUUUAAUGUAAAGUUUGUUAUAGUCUGUGUGAUUCUGGAAGCAAAUGGCAAAACCAGUGGCUUCCCAGAAAACAGCCACCCUGCUGCUGCCCAGUGCUCUCCUCGAGGGGGUGGCGUGGGACCACUCCAGGUGGAACAAAACGGAAAUGACUGUUGGUGUGGCAAGGCUGAGCCAACAGCUCGAGUCCAGCUCAUUUCAGUUUAUGUCAGCCUUUGACAUCUAAUUCAGGGUCCCUUGAGAUAAUCCUAACAAUUUGGGGCUGUCUGUCAGGUUUUACAUUCGAUUGAACUUAAGUAGCACUGCGGAAACCUAAAAAUAAUUGCUUAAUGAGUUUCUCCUUUCCUACAGUUGGGUGGGGGAGAGGAGGAGAAGGUUUGGCUUUUUUAAAUGACUGAAGUGCUAGCAUUUUUUAACCAACAGAACCCACAGUUGAGGCGUCUGGAAUCCCCUCAGGUCCUCAGCAGCCGCCAGACUUGAAAGCCAGAACCUCAGAGGCCACAAGCUCACUGACUCAGCCAAACUCCCUCCUCCCUAAGCCAGCCUCCUUGGGAGAGUGGGUUUCUCCUGCACCCAACCUGGCCCUGGAGGAGGGACCCUGUCAUUCCCAUAACAUUCUUUAGUGACAGUAACGAGCAGAGCAGUGUGUGGGCUAGCUUUCCCUGCCUUAGGUGAAGCUCUGAGAUGCCGAAGCGUGAAAAUAGCCGUCAGAAUUGUGCUUUCCCCCCUCCUCUGGCCCUUCUAGGAGAAAUGUGGAGGACAGCCCUGCCUGCCAGCAUUGCUAUACCAUUCACUUUCUUCUUUCCAUUCUGACCAUUGUUAUUACGUAUUUAAGACUUGUUCUUAUGAUAUCUGACCUGGAGUGGAUUUAGUUACAUAUCCACUUAGGAUCCCCGCGGCUUUUGUUUUUGUCUUUUAAAAAUUACUGCCUUGUAAACAUGUAUACUGAUUUAUGGAACUUUAUUUACACUCCUCUAUCAUGCAAAAAAAAUCGACUUUUUACUACUAUGAGUAGCUUAAUUUUUAAAAACAAAAUCUGUGGAGUUGUAAAAAUAAGUUGCUCUUGUGCAUUAAGGGUUUUCCUCGCAGGUUUGGCACGCAGUAGCUUUCCCCUCCUGCUGAUAGCUUCUUUGUUCUGGUGUGGGUUGUGAAAAAGAAUCGAAAACCGCUUCCUGUGCAGGCACAUCUCGCCUUGAAAGCUCCAGUACUGGGGUGGUGAAUCGGGGCAAAUCUUCAAAUACGUACACGCAGUGGAAUCUUGGUCCUUACGGGUAAGCGAGAUUGAGCGUGGCUUUCUCUCCCCACAGCCUGAAGGCUCUCGUGGGAAAGCGCCUGCAACUGAAGGAAACAGUCGCUCCAACCUGGAACAUCUCAUUUGUAAAAUCCUAAAGAACACUGGCAAUUAACUUCAUUUUUACUUUUAUGGUGGUUUUAACAAAACACUUUGGUUGUUAGGUUAGGACCCACGUGGCAACCUAAAAAUUAAAUCAUUUCCUUUUAUACCAGUUCUCUGCUCCAUGGAACAAACGGAAUGAAAUUGUGAGUUUCUCUUUCGACAACUAGAAUCCUUUUAAUUUCUCACUUUUGUCUUUUUUCAUGAGAUUUCUUCAAAAGCCCCAGUUUCGCCUAGGAAAUAUGAAAAGCAAAAGUUGAUUUUGCUUUGUUUGCUUAACUGUUUAGUAUUUGUAGCUCUGUUGACUAGAGCAUGACUUCAAUGAGGCCAAUACUGAGAUUCAUCCUAAAAAGGCCAGUUAGUGUUUUGCAGGUAACAAACAAAAGAACAAUUCCAAAAAUUAGAUCACCCCAGCCAACUGUCUCCCAGGUGUGUGUUAUGGGUCACCGGAUUGGGGGGGGGGGGGGGUAGGGAGGGCAAGAGUGCGGGGAGGGGUGUGUGGGUGGUUCUGAGCAAAUGAUUGUGGGUGCCCAUCGCCUCUCGAGAAGAAACUUCAUAUAUUCUUAUAUCAAAUUCAGUGAUCUAAUUUGUCUAGAAAUCAGCAGAUGUGUUUGAACCAUCUUUUAGACUACAUAUGGAGUGGUGAGGCAGCAUAUGAAUUAAAAACUUGUUUUUAAAAAAAUCACUCAGAUACACUUUUUUGUGUUCCUCAAAUAAAUUUUAAAAACAACCAGA